AAGAUGCUUGUCUACCAGGAUCUUCUUACAGGUGAUGAGCUUCUCUCGGAUUCGUUUCCUUAUGAGGAAAUUGUAGAUGGAAUGCUAUGGCAAGUUGAGGGGAAGUGGGUUGUUCAAGGAGCUGUUGAUGUGAACAUUGGUGCUAAUCCUUCUGCUGAAGGUGCUGAUGCUGAUGAGGGUGUUGAUGACACAGCUGUGAAAUGUGUUGAUAUUGUCGACACUUUUAGACUCCAGGAACAACCAACUUUUUACAAGAAAGAAUUCGUUGCAUGCAUCAAGCGCUUCAUCAAGACUCUUACACCCAAGCUGAGUGAAGACGAGAAAACAAAAUUCAACAAUAUGAGAAUCAUGACAUUCCAAGGGAUUGGGUCAAUGACCCCUCCUAGUUGUGUCAGUCUUUCAAAUAGAUAA